AUGGCGUCCAGAAGCCUCAUCCCAUUUCUCGUAGCCAUGAUGCUGCUCACAGGUGUUUGCAACACCUUGUUGACCAAGUAUCAGGACAACCAAUGUGUUCGAAACUGUGGCCCCGAUGACAGUCCAAGGAAGCGCGCUUUCUUUAACCAGCCGGUUCUCCAAACCGCCCAGAUGUUCAUCGGCGAGAUGGGCUGCUGGCUGGUCGUUGGCCUCAUGGCUCUCUGGCGACGGUUCAAUGGUUCUGCACCACAAGAUCGAGGCUAUCAAGCUGUUGAUACCGAGGAGAAUGGCGAUGCUGAAGCUGCACCCCAAGCCGAUGAUCGCACCAAGCUCCUUCACACCGGCCCAUCCAUCUUGAGGGGAUACCGAGUUACCUUGCUUGCUCUGCCCGCUAUUUGCGACAUCUGCGGUACCACGCUCAUGAACGCUGGACUUCUCAUGGUUGCUGCCUCCAUCUACCAAAUGACACGAGGUGCUCUCGUCUUGUUCGUCGGCCUCUUCAGCGUCGUCUUCCUCAAGCGACACUUGCAUCUCUUCCAGUGGCUGGCCCUCGUCGGUGUCGUCCUGGGUGUCGCAGUCGUUGGCUUGGCCGGAGCUAUUUGGCCUGAUGAGAAGCCUGAGAACUCCAUUGGACAGCCCGAGGAGGACUCGGCUACUGAUGGAGGUCUUUCAGACGCUGCCAGAGCCAUUGUGGGUGUUUUGCUUAUCGCUGGUGCCCAGAUCUUUACAGCCACCCAGUUCGUCCUCGAGGAAUAUCUCCUGGAGAGAUCUACAAUUGACCCAAUUAGAGUGGUCGGCUGGGAGGGCCUCUUCGGUUUCAGUGUUACCCUCCUUGCUAUGCUUGUUCUGCAUGCCACUAUCGGCUCCACUGAAGCUGGCAAAUAUGGAUAUUUUGAUAUUGUCGAGGGCUGGCGCCAGAUGACCGAGAACAAGCAGGUCCUCAUCUCUAGUUUCCUCAUCAUGAUCAGCAUUGGUGGCUUCAACUUCUUUGGCUUGUCCGUUACACGGAGCGUCAGUGCUACUUCUCGAUCUACCAUUGACACUUGCAGAACCCUUUUCAUCUGGAUCGUCUCCCUUGGCUUGGGUUGGGAGACUUUCAAGUGGCUCCAAAUUGUCGGCUUCGCCCUGCUUGUUUACUUCACCUUCUUGUUCAACGGUAUCGUUCAGCCUCCUCUGGAGUUCCUCAGAGUCCCAGAUGAAGAGGUCGAGGAGCUCUUGCCCGAGGAGCCCAUUGAGCACCGUUAA